UUGCGUGAUGGGCCUGGAUCCCUUUGGAUGGGUGGUCGUCUUGGAUCCCUCUGGAUCCCAUGUGUGGUGGGCCUGGGUCCCUCUGGAUCCCAUUGCAUGGUGGGUCCAAAUCCAGUUGGGUGGUGGUCUUAGACCACUCUGGAUCCCUUGGCCUGGUGGGCCUGGAUCCAGUUGGGUGGGGGUCUUGGAUCCCUCUCGAUCCCUUGGCGUGGUGGCCUGGAUCCAGUUGGGUGGUGGGCUUGGAUCCCUCUGGAUUCUGUUGUGUGGUGGGCUUGGGUUCCUCUGGAUCCUGUUGCAUGGGGGGCCCAGAUCCAGUUGGGUGGGGGUCUGGGAUCCCUCUGGAUCCUGUUGGGUGGGUGUCUUGGAUCCUUCCAGAUCCUGUUGCAUGGUGGGCCAGCAUCCAGUUGAGUGGGGGUCUUGGGUCUUUCCAUAUCCCUUUGCAUGGUGGGCCCAGAUCCCGUUGCAUGGUGGUCUUGGAUACCUCUGGAUCCCUUUGUGUGGUGGGCCCGGAUCCCUCUGGAUCCGUUGGCGUAGUGUGCCCGGAUCCAGUUGGGUGGGCGUCUUGGAUCCCUCAGGACCCAUUUGCAUGGUGGGUCCAGAUCCCAUGCGGUGGUGGCUCCUGGUUCUUCUGGAUCCCUUUGCAUGGUGGACCAGGGUCCCUCUGGACCCCUCCAGAUGCUGGCAUCAGAUUCUUCCAGGUGGCGGCUCUGGAUCCUUCUGGAUUUCCCUGCGUAGAGGCCCCAGAGUCCCCUGGAUCCCCUCACAGUGGCCCCAAAUCCCCCUGGAUCCUGUAGCAGUGGCCCAGGAUCUCCUGGUGCAUCUGGGUGCCCUCACAGCAGCCCCAGAGCCCUCUGUCACGGCACGGGGGGAGCAGAGGCAGCAGCUGGGACUGUGCCCCACAUCACUGUCUGCUGCGUGGCCAACCCGCACGGCAGGGAGCUGGCAAGCCAGGAGGCUCUGA